ACCGAGGGCAAAACGCUCAAAUCCGGCCUAAAAGUGGAGUACUCAGUCGAUUACAAGGAAUCCAGAUACCGGCUGCAUCUGGAUUCGUCUCAUGCUCAAACGAUGACCUCGAUUGAGCGUCCAGCCGGUGGUGCUCUAGCGCUGCAUUAUGCGGCUGCCCGCGGUUGUCUCGAUUGCGUUCGCUUGCUCACUGAAGCUGCACCGGACAUUAGCGCUAACACACAAAUGGACAACGAUGUGACACCAGUUUACUUGGCCGCGCAAGAAGGUCAUUUGGAGGUGCUGAAGUUUCUCGUGCUAGAAGCGGGCGGAUCGCUGUACGUGCGGGCCCGCGAUGGUAUGGCACCAAUACACGCAGCCUCGCAAAUGGGAUGUCUCGAUUGCCUGAAAUGGAUGAUCGAAGAUCAAGCAGUAGAUCCUAAUCUGCGUGAUGGCGAUGGUGCAACACCGUUGCAUUUCGCAGCAUCCCGAGGACAUCUUAGCGUGGUGCGAUGGUUACUAAAUCACGGUGCGAAGCUGUCACUCGACAAGUAUGGCAAAAGCCCAAUCAACGAUGCGGCCGAAAACCAGCAGGUGGAGUGUCUGAAUGCUUUGGUACAGCAUGGCAACAUGAACGGAGUGAGUGGUAGCGAGAUGCCGGAAAACCAAACAUCACCGAAACAGCACCGGCAUCAGCUGCACGACGCAUAUCAAACGCAGGUAUUGUCCGGUGGGCCAGGAUCAUUGCCGAAACAGGCACGCGUUUCGCGCAAAAGCUCAACAGGAAAUCAUGGACGUCCCAGCAAACCACUCGUCGGUGGUCACGGCCAUACACACCUUAGCAACACAAUGGUGUCGACGAAAUCGUCCACCGGCAGUUCUGACUCCGAACCGUUUUAUUUGCAUCCACCGACGAUCCGCAAAACGAAGGACGGUUUGUAUGCGCGGCAGUCGCCGGAUAGUUACUACGGUCCGGUACUACCGAAUGAUGGUGUCUAUGUCAAUCCUAUGCGCCGAGGUUCUUCAACACCACCGAGUCCAAGCGGUAGUAUUUCCGGCGAAUCCUUCUUUCUGCACGAUCCACAAGAGGUUAUAUACAAUCGCGUGAAGGAUCUGUUUGAUGCUGAUGUCACAUCGAAGGAUGAUAAGAUCGUUAAUAAUCGAUCAAUAGUGCAAGCUGAAGUCCAUUCGAGCAGUAGUGGAGCUGCUAGCGGUUCGGACGAGGAUCUUUCUGUGUCUUCAUCCCAUUCCGGCGGUGAUGGUGGAGGAGUUGGUGGCGGCGGUGGUGGCGGUGGUGGUGGUGGUGGUGGUGGAGGCGGUGGUAACGGAGUUGGUGGAGGUGUAGGAGGAUCCGGUGGAAGCGGGAUCGACCUGAUCAAUGGCAACCACACGAAAACCUCGAACGUGAAUAGUAGCACUACGAGCCACGAGCAUGAUUACGAGGAUAUCUAUCUGAUGCGCGAGGAAGCGCAGUAUGUUGGUGGUAUGCAAAACCGAAGCGCAAUCGGACGGAGUCGCUCGCGGGACAGUGGAUCACACAGCCGUUCCGCCAGCGCGAGCUCUAACCGGAGUGACGUAGUUUUACAACUAACUGGCAGCAGCCACAAUCAGCAUUCGCUAGCGAACAACAACAAGGAGCAUAUGUUGUUGGCGAAGCGUAACAAUUUACUAUACGAGCAGCAGCGUGGUCAGCAAGGAACGAAGGCCUUGGCAAAAUCUAGCUAUAAUAUGAGCAAGGGCACCAAAGGCUUAAACCAGCCGUAUCCAGGUAUGGUUUCGCAGCGCAAGCAUGCCGACGACUACUCUAGUAACACGUUACGCUCCUCCUGCACCGUCGAUAACGCAUACGAGAGCGUUUGCUCGCCCGAGGACGUGUACGAACGUACGGCGGAGAUGGGACUUGGCGCCAAGCAGCAUCCGCACGCCAAGUCGCAUCAGUCGCUCGGUGGUAGCACCGUAUCCAACACCUCCACGGGAGCAAAUGGAACAACCGUUAACGCGAAUGGUGCCACUAACGGUACUGGUGCUCAUGCAGCAGCCACGUCGGCAUCGUCAGCCAAACGAAACGGGUCGACGCAGCUGAAUGAAGAAAAUGAAAAUGCAGGUCCUCCGCCACCACCACUUCCGCCACCAUUAAAGGCAAGCAACUACGGUCAUAUCGGACAUGGGGCACAUCCAGCUGCGGCUGCAGCAGCCGCUGCCGCAGCAACACUAAUUGGCAGCGGUGGAUCUCGCGAGUGCUAUGAUUACGCGAAGAAUGCGCGCAACGCGUACGAUCAGCAGACCGUGACGGCGUACGGCGAACAGCAGCAGUACCUGAAUGUGCAACACAAGCGCCUGUUGCACCGCGACGGCGUUGGACAUUUGGACGGUGUGGAGCAAAACACUGGCGAGCAUCAGGAUUCGGACUCCGGGCUGGAGGUGUUGGAAGAGUCCACACUGAAGCCGUCCGAUCUGAUCCGUGGUAAUCACAACCGCAGCAUGUCUAUUAUUUCUGCGAAUAAGAAAGCCAAACUAAUUCAAGCGAACGGCAAUGCUGGAGGCGGCAGCGGCAACCUACAUAGUCUGUGCGCUACGGAAACUGGCUUACCAUACGGCUCCAAGACGUCCGGUACCGGUGCAGCAACAUCAGUCGACGACCAGCACUGCCAUCAGCAACAUCACCAUCAACCGCGGCUGGUUAGCAUCCAGCCGGUACCAUCAAACAACCAUCAGCAGCAGCAGUCCCAUCUCGGACCGAAUCUGGUAAAUAAGCAGCUCGUACUACCGUUUGUCCCACCGAGCUUCCCGAACGGUACCGGCGACGGUUCCAACCAUCUGAUCAAACCGUCGGAAUAUUUGAAAAGCAUCAGUGACAAAAAAUCCAAUGCAGGCUCGCAAAGAUCAUCUGAUACGGAGGAUUAUAUGCCAUUGAACACGGCCUUGAUUGUGCAGGCGGGAUCGGAACCACCGAAACCGCCCCCACCCCCACCAGCACCACCACUUCUUAACCUGCAUAACGCGAUCCUUUCGGGAUCGGCAACCCUACAUUCAGCGCUGUCGCACCACAACACUGCCGGUGGGACACGACCGGGCGAACCGGCGUCCACUAGCGACAAGGGACAGCAUAGUGGGGCACAUCCACCACCUCCACCCCCACCACAGGACACGGACAUACGCAAGCUGCACCAGCCACUGUCGGCCAUCUCCAUACAGGACCUGAACAGUGUGCAGCUGCGUCGCACCGAUAAGAUGCUCGCCAAAACAUACUCAGCGCCGACGCGCAGCAUUAGCAUGCAGUGUCUGUCCAGCACUAGCGAACAGUUCCUAUCGCAGAAGACCGACCUAAUAGCUGAGCUGAAGCUGUCGAAAGACAUUGCCGGUGUGAAGAAGAUGAAAGUCGAACGGGCAAAGCUCGAGGACCGGCAGGCGAACGAAGUGUACUCGGAGGUGACGCGUCAGUUCACCGCACAGAAUUACGUCGAUCAGAUCUUUCAGGUACCGGAGCGGGACAACGCGGGCAAUAUUAUACCGGACUGGAAGCGACAGAUGCUGGCGAAGAAGGCGGCUGAAAAGGCGAAAAAAGAGUUCGAGGAGCGGUUAGCUCGUGAAGCGGAGGACCGUCGGCUGUCCGCGAUUCCGAAAUGGAAACGAGACCUUAUCGCACGCAAGGAAGAGGCAGAAAACAAAUUAAAAUCGUCCAUAUAUACACCAAAAGUAGAGGAACCGCAACGUCGGUCAGAUACAUGGCGCAAUCGGAUCACGCAACGGGCCAUGUCCAUCGACAAUAUAAGUUCGUAUGGGUCGGAAACGGAACCGGGUAUGCUACGUUACAACAAGGAGAAUCAGUACCAAUACCCAUCCAUCAAUGGAUCCGGUGGCGUUCAGUUCGGGCAGACAAACGGUGGAACCGGCAAAACACCGAACGGACCGAUGGGCGGUACCGGUGGCCAUCAAAUGUCCGGCAACGGUACGAUGGCACCACGCUGUUCGAUGGAAAACAUCAGCAACGGUAAGCUGGAAGGUGGAACGGCACAUGGUUACCACCUGCCCGAUAUGGCACCCUCCACACCGAGCGAAUCUGUGUGUGCCAACGAUGAUGAGGACAGUGAACAAAUUAUACCGUGGCGAGCCCACCUGCGGAAAACUAAUAGCCGACUGUCUCUCAUCGGCUGAGCCUUAAACUAUGAUUUAUACAUAGAGCAGAGCUAGGAAACAAAAACAAAAACAAAACACGAAUAGACAGUUAUCGUACGGGAAACAUUAUUCUAUCGUAGGUUUCACAUAUGUUUCACUUGAUCAGUAUCUGCUUCUAGCGUGCAUCAACAAAACUCACACAACAAGACAAUGAAAGCAUUAUAAACUGUGAACCGAAUUGAAAAUGAAGAUAAAAAAAACAAUCGAACUCCUCAUCUGUAUAGUAUAACAUUCAGACGAAUUAGAAAAAAAAAUGGUGAAAAGGAUGCAUACGACAAAAACUAGUAUCAGAAUAGUAAACAAAAGAAUGAGAGAGAGAGGGGAACAGAAAGAGAUAAAGAGAGAAACUAAACGCCGAAGAUUUCGUUGCAAUAUUAUUUUUAUUAAUACAAUUGUUACUAUUAUCAUUACUUUAAUUAUUUGUUGUUAUGAUUAUGCACACUCACAAUGGUUCUUUCGAUGUUCUAUUGUUGCGAACGUGUUAAGCUCGUGAAAUAACUGAACAUAGUUUUAUGGCAAGCGUAUGGCUAUCAACAUAAUAGCAGUUAUAAUUAUUGCUACCUUAGUGAUAUACUCCGGAAAUAUUAUAGAAGAAAAAAAAAGCAAAAACAAAAACCAUCUGAAUAGUUACUGCUUUUGUUCCUUGUUUUUUACAUAAAUUUAUUUUUUGUUCGCUCGUUGAAAUCUUUCCGAGGUUAUAUGAUGAUACGCCUGCAAACAUACUACAGACACGUUUAUUGUUUAUCGAUGCCUGUGCUAGCAAAAUCUAUAUACGCCUUGGGCUUUACUUUUCUGUUCUGUUUAGCAUUGGUGACAACUUUGUUUUUUGUGUAACUAAGCUACCGAGAACGUAUGGUAGAAAACCGGACCAUUUUUCGUGGAAAUUAUAAUUCAAGGUGUACAAUUUGUGAGCGAUAAGAUUGAUGCUUUGGUGAUACGGAUGCUUUACGCUGGGGUAAAGAUGCGAUAAGUUAGAACAGAGAAAAGAUAUUUAAAAAAAAAAUACAAACAAACUGUUUGGUGGAAGUAAUACUCAACAAAACUGAAUAUUUACUUAUAGUCGCGAAAGCAUCAGUUAUAGAAAGCUUUUAGCUACGUUUAAUGGCAAUAGUAAAUUUAUAUCGCUACAGUUAAUAAAUCUCUAUGCAAAUUACACAACUUUCGGGGGUUUUCUCUUUUUUUUCCAUGUAUACGCUGUUA